AUGCCGUGGGCGGACAAGAAGAGCGGCGACAAGAAGAAGCGCGACAAGGACACCGACAAGGCGCCCGCCAAGGUCUUGGCCUGCAAGGAGUGGCACUUGCCGCUCAAGGCCCUCCUGCGCGCCUACCCGGACGAAGCGGGCUGCGUCUUGAAGGUCGGCGGCGGCAGCGUCCGAGAGGCGCUGGCUCCGAAGAACCUCCGCAAGAAGCUCAACGCCGAGAAGUCCGAGCUCAUCAACCGGCCCGCCAUGGGCCUCAACCUUGCGGCCGCGGCCCUCGAGGCCGGCAUGGAGGCGGCCGCUGCGGAGGACCUCUUCGGCGACUUGGGCCUGCCGACGCUCCUCGAGAAGCUGGGCGGCGCGGAGGGAAAGAAGGCGUUGCAGCUGACCCAGAAGGGGGCGAGCGCGGACAAGGACAAGGCGAUCGCGAAGCUGGCAGACGGGGCCUCGCGGCUCCUGGCCGCGGCCGUUGCAGCCGCCGAGAUGCGGGCCGCGCUCUCGGACCUCAAGGGCUGGGCGCAGAACGUCCCGCGGCCCGACCAGCAGGCGCCGAAAAUCCAAGCCUGGACGGCAAAGCCGUCGGACGAGCGGCUGCUCGUCCAAGGGAUGGCGAGUGCGCUCUGCAGCCGCUUCUACUGGGGCGGCGACCGGCGGACGAGGAGGCAGGAGAACGCCGCGGAGGCCGCCCAAGCCGCGGAGGACGCGCUCCUGGCCGAGCUGGAAGAGGCGGCGCCGGAUGCCGCCUUGGUCAGCUGGCGCGAGAGCGACGAAACCCUGGGCCUGCUCAAGGCAUUGUUUGCCUUGGUUCCGGAGGAGGUGCGGACCGCCCACGGCCUGCAGAAGCUCCAGACGGCAGUGGAGGCCAUGAGCAAGGCGCCGGCCCGGGGGCCCUUGAACAAGAUCGCGGGCCGGGUGAGAGAGGUGUCCGAGGCGGCGGAGGCGCUGCGCGCGGCCCACGCCCCGGAGAGCAAGCCAGCGGAGUGA